CAAAUCCGAUUUAAAAGAUGCAAUUGAUCAAAAACCAGAAGAAUCAUAUUGGCAUUGUCAACUUGGUGCACUUUUAUAUAAACAAAAUGAUUACAACACAUCUUUAAAAGAACUAGAUAGCGCUAUUAGCUUAUUUCAAUCUUCAAAAGGUAAAUCUCAUUCUCAAAAAAGCAAAUAUCAACGAACACUUAUGUCGGAAACAUAUCAUUAUAGGGGGCUUUUAUAUAAAGCAAUUGGUAACCUUCCGAUGUCAAACUCUGAUUUUAAAGAAGAAUCAGAACUUAA